AUGUCAACUGUCGCCGCUCCUCUGCCGCUCCAUGGCCGAACUGCAAUCGUCACCGGCGCUUCCCGCGGCAUUGGCCGCGCCAUAGCCAUCCACCUCCACUCCCUCGGCGCAAAUCUCGUCCUCAACUAUGCUUCCAACUCCACUCAAGCUGAUCUCCUCGCAUCCGAUCUCAACCAGUCAUCGGCGCCACUCCGACGAGCCGUCGCUGUCCAAGCCGACGUGUCCGACCCAGACCAGGUUAAGCGGCUGUUCGAUUCGGCUGAAAAGGAAUUCGGAUCUGAGAUUCACAUACUCGUGAACUCCGCUGGGAUCCUCGAUUCGAAGUACCCGAGUUUGGCCGGAACCGCCGUGGAGGAUUGGGAUGAGACGUUUCGAGUGAAUUGCAGAGGCGCGUUUUUGGUCUGUAAAGAGGCGGAGAAUCGGAUCAAGCGCGGCGGCGGAGGGCGUAUUCUGUUGAUUACGACGUCGAUCGUUUUGUCUCUGCCGCCAGGGUACGGUGCUUAUGCGGCAUCGAAGGCGGCGGUGGAGGCGAUGGCGAAAAUUGCGGCGAAGGAGCUUAAGGGGACGGGAGUUACGGUCAACUGCGUGGCGCCGGGACCGGUGGAGACGGAGCUUUUCUACGCCGGGAAAUCAGAGGAGACGGUGGCGAGGAUUGCGGAGGCGUGCCCGAUGGUCCGGCUCGGGCAGCCGGACGAUGUGGCGAAAGUGGUGGGGUUCUUAGCUACCGAUGCCGGUGAGUGGGUCAACGGGCAGGUGGUUCGGGUCAACGGGGGACUUGUAAUUUGAUUGUUGUACGUUUGAUUUUCUUUUUUCUUUUUCUACCACGAGGAGUGAAAUUAAAAUAACUCAAUUUUACAACACUUCA